CGAGCCACGGACCUGCCCCGGCUGCCCCAGCUCAGCGGAGAACACCACUCCUGCGCGUGUUCACCCACAGGUCGUUGCGGGAUCCCGAUCCCACACGCGCGAGCGCAUGGACAAUGCGCGCCUGACGAUACUGGGCGACCCACUAUCUCCAACUUGUCAAUCAGCGAUGUGCUCAUGACGACGUAAGCCCAUCCUGUGAAUAGGAAGAAAUGAGCUGUCGAUGCGAGACUUCUUCAUGAGCCGCGGAUGUCGUCGCGGACACUCGCAGCGAAAUGCGAGUGGUCAAGCAUGUCCGCUGUAUCCCCGACAAAUACGCCGAGAUGUCCUCCCCCGAGGAAUCUGCAGCCCUGUUCCGCGCGUACAUGGGCGGCGCGCGUUGCGGACUGGGGCGACGCGUCGGGCGUGCCGGAAUUCGUCCGGCGAUGGAUCCAGUCGCACGGGCUCGACACGGACGGUGCCGCGGUGGAGCAGAGGGCAAGCAAGCGGAUCAAGAUGGAGAGCACAGCGACGACGGCGGGGUGAUUCAGGCUGUUGGGGUGUUCACCUCUGAACGCCGCGACCUCCGCGCCUGGCUGAUGUCCUCAAGCACAUCCUCCAAGCUGCCGGUGGUCUCGCUGAUGGCUUUCAACCAGGCUGCCGCGCAACGCAAGAUCCAAGUCGAAUAUCUGGACGAGUGGGUCGACGGGAAGUGGGUGGUCAGCUGCGUGCUGAACGGGAUCAAGAAAGGCUCGGGCAGUGGCCAGAACAAGAGGACUGCAAAAGAGGAAGCCGUGCGAGAUGCUCAUGCUCAGCUCGGAUGGUACCUGUAACGAUUCUAACGAAAGCAAUGUGUAUGUUCCGAUGCCCAGCAGUAUAAAAUACACUCUAUGUACCAGAUUACUAUAAGUACGAUAGCUGUCUUGACUUUGUAUAACUUACACCAACUCUGGCUGUCAAAUUCAAAGCCUGCUUGGCGGGACCGGGUGGGGAUCAGUAAAUGUUGCCGGCAACCUCUCUGUAUCGGCUGCAGCUUCCGCUUGAUGUCACGAAGUAUAGCGGUCCGUGGAUGCCAGUGCUUGAAGGCUCCUGCGAGUUGUACGAUGUCCGGCCCAAAGAAAUGUGCUACCCGUUGGUCGGCGAUGAUGUCGCGGAGAGACCAAGGAAUCUGCGGUCGGGGUUAGGGUCUGUCUGAAUUCUCGUGGAAUGAAUAGAGCUCACUCGUAGUCAUUCUGCUCGACAUUCGCAUCGAACGGCUCGACCACAAGUUC